AGAAUAGUUGUGAACUGUUGUGAACUUCGCCUGCGAUUUGUUUUGUAUUGUUUUUUACGUUUUUUAUUCUUUGAAUUUUGAUCUUCUUGAUUUAAAUUAAAAAAUUUUUCUUUCUUUAAACUAAUAAACGCAUAGUGCUGAAUAUAUUUCUAAACCAAAGUGUUCAAUCAGGAAUGUUCGUGCUUUAGAAUUUAUUCCUCUAUAAUUUCAAAAAUGGACAUUGAAAGGAGAAAAAUUGCCGAUGACCUAAAAGAUGAAGAUUACGAACUAAAUGAAUAUAUAAAUGCAAUCAAGGAGAAGAAUAGCGAACGUAUUAAUUUAUUAAUAACGAAGGAAGGAAUUUUAGAAGAAAAAUUCUUGUUGAACAGGACUUUUCUUCACGCUGCCACGGAACAUGGAACAACGGACAAUGUUCAUCAAAUUUGCAAUCUAGGCGCAAAUGUUAAUGUUUUGAAUAAAAAUAAAGAGACUCCGAUUUUUAACGCUAUUAUUAGAAAUUUAACGGAAAUGAUUAAGAUUCUUAUUGAUUAUGGAGCGAAUGUGAAUAUUAUUAGCAAAAAAGGCGUUAAUCCUCUUCAUCUCGCUCUACUUCACGGUUCCGAGGAAACUCUUCGAAUUGUCCUCAUUAAGGCUUUUAUUGAAAUUUCCUCAAAUUUUAUGGAAAUUGAUGAAAAUUCACCGCCGGACUGGUCAAAUUUGGAUAAUUUGAAUCUUUUCAAAAAUCUCCUAAAGGGAAAGCAGUAUUUAAACAUUAAACGCAAUGAUUAUUCACUCCUCAUAUUCUCGGCUGCAAAAAUGAAGAAUAAGGAAAUUUUCAAUUUAGUUCUGAGUGAUUGUGAAAAUUUCGAUUCUUCUUCACGAAGAGAGGAAAAUGACGAACAGAGUAUAAUUCACUGCUGGCGAUGUAAAUGCAGCACAAAAAUGAUAAAAUCCCAAGUAUCCCAAGGAUCCCAAGUAUCUGUAAACAUUCCCGGCUUUUUAAAUUUAACAGCUCUUCAUUAUGCCGUGAGAAAAGAAUUGCCAAACGUCGUGGAAUUCCUUCUGAACGAAGGUGCCGAUCCAAACUGUCGUACUCUUCACAAUUGGACACCAAUUCAUUACGCCGCAUUUCUCAAUAAUUCCCAAAUUUGUCAAAUUUUACUCAAAUUCAACGCCGACGUGAAUAUAAUUUCAUUUUUUAAAAAUCCCCUUCAACAAGCCUGCGGUGGAAUAAAUGUGAAAAAUUGCUACAACACACUAACUGGUUACUAUCACGAUGAAUUUCCCUAUUCGGGCAAAAAAUUCACAUGCCACGAAAAAAUAAUGGAAAUACUCAUCGUGAACGGAGUGAAUAUUGAAUGUCGAAAUGCAAAUGGAAUGACACCAUUGCUCGAGGCUUGCAGAGCAGGUUCUUUGGAGGCGGUGAAUGUACUAUUGGAAUAUAACGUAAAUAUUUUUGCCGUUGAUGACGAAAAAAAUACUGCCCUCCAUUACGCGACACUUGGAAAUUCAUUGAGAAUUAUCGAUCGUCUAUUGGCUAGUGGUCUUAAUAUAAAUGUGAAAAAUAAUCGAGGUUACACACCUUUGAUGUUUGUGAUAAAAUACGGUGAGAAAGUGUUUUCCACAUAUUCACUGAAGCAUCCGAAACAUUCAAAGUUAUCGAAAAAUGGUGAUAUGGUCGAGUAUUUGAUUCAGAGGAAAGCGAAUCUUAAUGCGAGGAAUAAAGAAGGUGGCACUGCCUUACACAUUGCGAUAAUGAACAAUUUACCUGAUCUUGUUUUGACAUUAUUCGAAUUGGGAGCUGAUAGGGUGUUGGAAAGAUUUUCUGAUUCGAAAAAUCGAUUUAUCACCGGUUAUCAUAAAUUUCCUGAAUAUUCAUUGAUGAGUCGAACAGUGUUAGUGUCGCAAAUUGCAUUUAGAGACGACGAUCUUUUUAGCUAUUCGCAUAAAUUGUGUUUCGAUGAGAAGCAAUUGUUGAGGGAGACUCUUGAUUUUUUCGAUACUUCGAAGGAGGAAUGUGAGGAAUUGAGGACAAAGGAACUUUUUAGAAAUUUUACCUACUACGAUUUUUUAAGUACUGAUUUAGCGAUUGCUGCAAAAAUUGUCAAGAAAUCGAAAGUAAUUAAAGAAUUACGUUCAUCGGCUUGUGAGAGGACAACAAUGUUUCCUCACUUUGCGUAUUUUAUUCGAAGAAGAUUUCAAAAAAUUGAAAUUUUGGAAAAUUGUCUACCACCAAUUGUCGAGUUCUUGUCGAAUUAUGGCGACAAAAAGAAGCUACCGGUUGAAAUUGUUCGAGUUAUUAUCGAUUAUUUGGGUUGGAAAGAUAUUCAACUUUUCAGUAGAGUUUUAACAAAAAUGUUAUAAAAGAAGUUUUUUUUUUCAUAAGUUCGAUUUGUGCAACUUUAUUCAAA